CAUAGCCGGCUGGGCUGUUUACGUUUAGAAUAAUACAAAAGAAAAUCGUCUCUCAACAAUUAUCGAGCUAUAAUUUCUCGCGUACUAUGGAUGCUACAAUGACAAAAAUUAAGAGGGAGUUCGAAGAUGUACCGGAAGAUAACCCCGACUUGGUAGACAUCAAACAGAUAAAGAGCUUGGCCGGAGACCCCAACAACCAAUUCCACGACUUAAACGUAAAGACUGAAUUAGAAGAGAAAAACGAAAACGACAGUUCCGUAAUCAAAGACAGUUCCGUUACUGAAAAAGUGAAUGAUAACGAAGGUGACGUGAAAAUUAAAUCUAAGACUAGAACCAGGAACAGGACUAAAGUUAAAUGCGAGCAUUGCGGGGUUAUGUGUAGGGAUAAGAACGGCUACAAGUUGCAUCUUAUGGAUCACACUGGCGAGCGGCCUUUCAAGUGUACCCUGUGCGAAAAGACGUACAAGAAGGCCAUGGAUUUGACGUACCACAUGAUCUCACAUACUGGCAAUCACAACCACCACUGCGAGGCCUGCGGCAAGGGCUUCACGGUACGCAGCGCUCUGAAGGCACACAUGCGCACCCACACCAAGGACAAGCCCUACGUGUGUCCCGUGUGCGGCAAGGGCUUCUCCCACAGCUCCAGCCUGAAGCCUCACGUCGCUAUACACAGCGACGAGUGCCCCUUCAAGUGUGACCGGUGCGACAGGCGGUUCAAGACGAAGAAGAUGCUCGCCCACCACUCGCAGACGCACGACCUUGAGGAGGGGAAGGGGCUCCAGUGCGGGAUUUGUUUCAAGUUCUACAAGUCCAAGGAGAGCAUUCGGAUACACUUGAAGAUCCACAGGCAGGACGUAAAGGACCGGAAUCAACAGAUAUACUCGUGCGGACAGUGCGGCAACACGUACAAGCACCUCAUCAGCCUGAGGAACCACAUGCGGUACCACACGAACGAGAUGUUCGAAUGUCACAUGUGCGACAAGUCGUAUGUGGAUAAGAACCACCUCCGGAUCCACCUGCGCAACCACACGGGGGAGACGCCCUACAAAUGCGACAUCUGCAACAGGAACUUCAGGCGACGGGACAGCUUCAUCUACCACAGGGCAACGCACGACACCAACAGGAAGACGUACAAAUGCGACUCGUGCGACAAAGUGUUGGUGUGCAAGAGCAGCCUGCGCGCCCACCAGACCCUGAUCCACUCGACCGAGAAGAAGCACCAGUGCCAGCUGUGCGAGCAGCGGUUCAAGAUGCGGUACGAGCUCACCAAGCACCUGCGCAAGCACGAGAAGAACGGGGAGGUCGUCGUGGAGGCGAACGACGUCGCUACGGAAGGUAGCGGGGUCGUUUGUGAAAUCUGCCGGGAGGAUUGCGGCGGGGAGGGUUUAGAAGUGCACAUGUCGAAGCACGACGUGAAGCCUUUGAAGUGUGAGUGCGACGAGUUGUUUUAUGCAGUACACGAGUACAAGAAACAUAUAAGCGGGUGUGAAACGGUUAGGGAGGGACUGGAUAAAACGGGACAGGUGUUUGUUAAGAAGGAGCCGGUGAAAAGUGUCGAGAGUGUGAAAAAAGAGUGUGUCGAUUAAGAUCCUCGUUGAAAUCGUGGGUUGCUUAACGAUUUUGUGUUGGGAUUUAUUUUUUUGACGUGCAAAUGUCUGAAUUGUUUGGCUGUCGUUGACCAAUAAAGUCGAACCAGGAGAUGAGC